AUGGCGGCCCAACUCACCCUGCCCCAACUGCCUGCUAAGCAUCGGGACCUGCCAAGCUGGAUUCAGAACCAUCCAGACACGCCUCUCAACCAGAUUAUUGCGCCUUACAAUGACUAUGACGCCGUGGUACGCAGGCUGUUUGCUCAGGAACGCUCACACCCGGCCUUGCAGGAGAACCACCUCAACAUUGUGCCCCUCUAUGAUGCAAGAGGCAAUGCUGAUGUCCGCGUACGGGCUCGGGACUUGGCGUCAGAACCCUCGACAAUCAAGGAACGGUACAUCAUGCCCUUGAAGGAAGAGGACCGGCGACCCAACGGUACCCCAGCGGUGGUCCCGAGGCUCGAUGACUUUUGGAGGAACUUUAACAUCUUUUCUGAGGGUGCAUUGAGCGAUCUGGAUUGGAGCAAUGUGGUCGUCGCGGGAAGCGCAGUGGUCACUUGCCUACUACCCGUACCUGAAGAGCACCGCGGCUCGAAGCGUGCCCUGCGUAAGUACUACUAUGAAAAGGUUGCCUCGGCGUCGGACGUCGAUCUCUUUCUAUAUGGCUUGGAUGAAGCAGAGGCGAUCGAGAAGAUCAAGCAAAUUGAGGAUAAGAUUAAGAAUUCAAUCCUCCAUGAGACGACCACAGUGCGAACCAAGAAUACCAUUACGAUUGUCUCGCAGUAUCCCACACGCCAUGUGCAGAUAGUGCUUCGCAUAUACAAAACCAUCGCGGAGAUCUUGACUGGAUUUGAUGUGGAUUGCGCCUGUGCUGCUUUCGAUGGGAAGCAAGUCUUUGCGUCUCCGCGUGCCCUUGCCUCAUACAUCACUCAGAUAAACACGAUUGACCUUUCUAGGCGCUCUCCUUCUUACGAGAACCGUCUCUCGAAGUACUCGCAUCGUGGAUUCGAGGUAUUCUGGCCAGAGCUGGACAGAUCGCAAGUCGAUCCGACAAUCUUCGAACAAAGCUUCACCAGAGUGGUUGGCCUAGCACGCCUUCUGGUCCUUGAGAAGUUGCCCAAGUCGUCAGACCGGGAGUCUUAUAUCGAGCAAAGGCGACAAGAGCGUGGCCGGCCUGCUCCAAGAUACAAUAUGAGACGGUAUGGUGGUAAUAUCAAGGAUGACUGGGUUGAUGAGGUUCCAGAGUGGGAAGAGGGCGAGGAGAUCUCUGACUAUAAUACAUUUACCAUCCCAUACGGGCCCAGGUUCAGAGCUCGAAAGGUCGAGAAACUACUAUAUGCGAAAGAUCUUUUGCUCAACGCAGAGUGGAACAAACCCAAGGACAGAGAGGUCAAUCUUCACCGACAUCCGGCGUUUUUUGGUGAUGUCGCGGAUGUAAUACAAGAUUGUUGCGGCUUUUGUCCGCAGCCAGAGACAGAGGAAGAGAAAGAGAUAGCGGAGACAGAGAGCAAGCUCUAUGUUUCUGGGAGCAUCUCCUUUAUCAAAGACGAUCCCGGUCGUCAGGAGAUUGGCAGCUUUAACCCAAUUACGGAGACAGAUUGGACUGAAAUGGCAUAUGUGGGGAAUACAGAGCGGUUGUGCCGGGCCAUCGUGGAUUGCGAUAAAGAGGAAGUCGAAGCAUGCCUCGCAAAAGGCAAGGUAGAUCCUAACAACCGCGACUACACCGGAAGAACGCCAUUGCACUUGGCUUGCUUGGCCUCGACACCGGACAUAGUACAGUGCCUCGUUGACCACGGCGCAAGGUUGAUAUCUCGGUUGGCCGACGGUCGGACAGCGCUACACCUGGCUGCCGCAAGGGGAAGUGUGGAGAUCGUACGAAUACUAUUGCGGAAAAGUGCGCAGAACGAAGCGGAGCAGAGUCAGCUUGAUACACACCAUGAUGGGAAAAAGAGCGACAAGAGUGGGACUGAGGAGCCUGACUCUGACGGAGACCAAAUCUCCUGCACCUCCGGUUCGUUCAUCCAUGUUGAUGGGAAUACCGACCCGAAUUCGGGUGGUAUCGAUUUGGCCAUGUCUGAGAAUGAGAUGGAGCCGGAUGUUUACGACAUCAAUGUUGUCUCCUGGGAUAUUCCCACCUCGGCGCUACAUCUUGCUAUUCUAAAUGGUCAGGUUCAUGUAGUGGACGAGCUUGUUGCCUCGUUUGGUGCCGAUGUGUUGUUGCCGGUUAAGCUGGUCCACACCUAUGGCAAUAGCCCAAGGGCUGCUAUUCUGAACCUGGCCUUGGCACUUCGACUGCCUCGCGAAAAGGUUAACAUGAUGACUGAAAAGCUAUUGCAGCUCGGUGCAGUUCCAACACAGGCAGACCUUCACAAUGUGACCCCCCUGCACUACGUUGCUGCUUCCGAUUAUCCUGAACUCUUGGAAAUAUACCUCAACCACAACCGUCCUGCAACGUUGAAAGCAAUAAACUAUCUUGUACCCUCGGGUUCUGUUUGGAGGACAGGUGCUCAUUCGGCUCUCACGGUAGCACUUUCUGGACGAAAUGCUGUCGGUGCGACCAAACUUCUUGAGGCCGCUGCACAGCCUUCCAUUGACUUUGAAUCGUUCGUGAGGCCUGGACAGGGAGUCUAUGAAAGGAUCAAGAGGAAUUCAUCUGAGACAAACAAGGAGCUUUUCCGAUGGGAGGUCACACAGCCAAUCAUCCUCGCAGUGCAAAAAGACCUACCGAUGAUUGCCGUUCAGCUCCUCAUUAGUGAUGUCGAUCCGAAUACGCUCACCCCUCAAGGGUAUAAUAUCCUGGAUAAGGCCUCUAGCCAAAGCUACGCUGUGGGUCAAUCUUUACUGGACGUUGUUCGAGAGAAAAUAAGGAAAUUGCGCAAAUACCACGGAGAGAAAUUGAAUGACAUACCUCCUCUUCCACUGGUGCAUCCUGAUCGCUGUCUUAAUGACUUGGAGCUUGGCACAUACCAAAUGUGGGCCGCAGAAAAAGCAGUACGCCUAGCGAAGAUGCAGUAUGAGAAGGACGAAAAGAAGUAUGCAAUGGCAGUAAGCAACAAUGAGAAUCGCAAAGGUUUGAAGCAGAAAAUCUCAGCGGUCCACGCUCUUCUGGAAGAGUUCGAGAGGCUUGAGAUUGCCCUCUUACAAAAGGGUGCUAAAUCAUUCUAUGAUCUCUUCCCGGAAAAGAAGAAACGCACCAGGAAGGAUAUGUCUCAACCUGAGCUUCCCAAAGCUGAACCUUUCGGGGUGGAUUUCAAAUUUUCUGUACCGGACCUAACUGACACAAAGAAGAAAGCAUACUUAGAACUAUUUGAAGCAGCCUGGCGGGGCGAUUUGAACACCAUCAAGGCCCUCACACUAGUGGCCACAGGCGAUGAAACUCAUCUGAGCCCAUUGCAGGUCGCUGUGCGUGAUCAGAACAAUUUCUCACCAUUUUCCAUUGCUGUACUACGUGGACACCAACAAGUCGCGAAAGCUAUCCUGGAGAUUGCACAGGCUCAAUAUAAAAGAAAAGACUCUGGCACUCGUGCACGAUAUGAGAUGGACCUUGAGGCCUUCCAUGAAGAUGCAGAAAUUCACAUAUAUAGUGAGAUCAUCGAUGACAGGUUCACCAUUGAGAACAUAGGAGAGACAGCCAUGCAAGUUGAGUGUGAGAUAUCCCCUCUCCAACUCUUCUCCUGGAACUGCCCAGCCUCCAUGUUUAUCGACGAGGAAUCGAAUCUAGCCGAUCUGGUUCAUUAUACGGUCUGGAAGAAUGAUGUGGACAUGCUUGAAUUUCUACUUCAGCUUGGGCAAGAAUUAACCGAAAGAGACACGAUGGUCGAAACUAAAAUAUACACUGUCUCGACAAGUGCGUUUCGACUCGCGAUUGGAAAGGGUCAUUUGGGCUGCCUGGAGGCGAUCAUUAAGUAUACAGGAGCGGAUCUCCCAAUUGACAAUCUGCUGCAAGGUUCUGGUAUCGAGAUUAAGGAAAAGCCGAGAUUCUACCAAGGGCUGUCCGUUCGUGGGAGGAAGCGAGCAGACUGGGUCGCGGCAGGAGGAGGGAUGAUCAGUGAACGCGAAGAACAAGAGACGCCCUUGCUCACUGCCGCAUUUUCCGGGUCCUUGCCAAGUGUGCAGUGGUUCCUCAGCUCAGCGCCAGUCAAGAACUAUGUUGAGUUUAUUAAGGGCCAUGAACAGGAGGACAAGUUGAAACUAUUAUCAGAGUCAAUAAACGAUCUGGAAGGACCCCUCACGGGCUGGAUCCAAUCCAAGAACGAAUUUAUCCUGCACUGUACUAUACUCUCAAAGCCUACAGAGGAGCCAUGCCGGUUAGUCGAAUACCUCGUCAAGCGCGUCCCGCAGUUCAUCGAAACCAAGUCGGCUGCAGGGCAUACGCCUCUGGCUCUUGCAUUCUCUCUUGACCGGGUAGACUUUGCCCACAUCCUUAUCAAGGCUGGGGCCAACCAGACAACCCGUGAUCGUAAAGGCAACAACCUGGUUCAUCUGCUGCUUUCCGACAUCAAUGGCAGCGCUCGGGACGAGCCAGGAAACAUGGAGAGGCUCCUCGCCUUGCUUGAUACCCGAUUGAUUCCAUCGCUACUGACUGAGCGAUCAUCGGAUGAUCCCGGAUCACUGACACCCAUCGCUCGCUGGAUGCAUCAUAGUCAGCGGCCCUGGAGGAGCGGGACGAGUGGAUGGGGAUUCGACCGCCAUCGGGAAACAAGCGGCAACCUAGCCGUAGCACGCUGUUUCUUGGAAUUUGCGCAGCUAACGGGUCAGAAGCACCUGGACAUGUUUGACGGCACUGGGAAUACACCACUUCAUGAAGCGGUCAAGCAGCAAUACCCCAGGGUUUUCGAGGCUAUGGCGGAGUACCGUCCGGAUCUACUGUACCGGGAGAAUGCCACCGGAAGCACACCCUUGGAGUUGGCCGUUGACAAUUGGGUAGCGGAAGCACUGUCAGAUCCGCCACCGAUGCUGGGAGACGGACCGCAAUCCGAGGCAAGAAACAAGGAGAGCAGUUGUGUACUGGAUCGGCAGCCCGAGUCAUUUGACCCGGAUUAUCCGACCAAGCCGGAGAGUGAGCGGCAAGCGAUCUGUAGAUAUGCUCGCGAACGAGCCAGCACCAACCCACGCAAGAGAAAGCUGGUGAGCCUAAACGAGGCAAAUGAGGUGGCCAAGAGACUUGCCGUGCGAAAGAGUGGGGAGACUUCUACCAAGGACAGCGAUGUUGUGGCCCAGUGGUAUUACCGAGCCGUGCGGUCCUGAUGGGGAGAUUGACAGAUUACCGAGGCCAGUUCGAUGAGUCUACACCUUACGAUUAU